UCUGUUUCCUCCCUACCCCCAGGAGUCUCAAUAAAAAAAAAGAGAUGAGUCCUGAGCUUUCUGAUCUAUGGAUAUCACUCUCUUUUAGAAUCAAAGAUGCUACUGUAGUUUUUGUGCUACCUCCUUUGAAAGAUGAUAUGACAAUAAGUUAAUGUACUGUCUUUAGUUUUUCCUGCAUGGUUUUAUAUAUAAUUCCUCUUCCUUUCUUUUUAUUGCAGCUAGAAGACAAUAAAACUAGAAAUGGAGCCUUUAUAUGAGGAAUACCUAGCAAACUAUGGAACAAUAGUAAAACCUUACUACUGGCUUAGCUUCUCUCUAGAUUGUUAAUGUCCUUACCAUAUUCGAACAGGUGAAGAAGGAAGAGUUCCCUACACAGAAUUUUAUCAGAUUUUUGGAUUCCCUUACGGGCCAACGUAUCCUCAAACAAAACACCUCGUAUUUUUUGAACUAAAAACUUCCUCUGGCAGCCUGGUGCAAAAAGGCCAUGCUAGCAAUUGCACUGGGAGCCAUAUUCAUCCAGAAUCAAUGCUAUUUGAAACAAAAGGUUAUCUUGACUCAGCCUUAUACAGUAACGACAGCAUCAGGCAUAUCGUUCUAUAUGCCAACAACUCUCCUUGCAACGAAGCUAACCACUGCUGCCUCAGCAAAAUGUACACUUUCCUGAUGAUGUACCCAGACAUUCCUACCCUUAGUGUUUACUUUUCUCAGCUCUAUCAUACUGAGACUGACUUUCCUGCCUCAGCAUGGAACCGUGAGGCUCUCCGGAGCCUGGCCAGCUUAGGGCCACAGGUCACUUUGAGUCCAAUAAGUGGCAGGAUUUGGCAUUCUCUCCUCAACAACUUUGUGAGUGGUGUCUCAGGAUCAACCAUUUUCCAGCCCAUUUUACCUGGAAGAGCACUGGCUGAUAGGCACAACGCGUAUGAAAUCAAUGUCAUAACAGGAGUGAAGUCUUAUUUCACUGAUGUUCCUCCCCAGACAAAAGAGAAUCAGAACAUAAGAGUUCAGUCAGCUUUAGAGAACUAUCUGGUAAACAAUGUCUUUCCCAGGCAAUCAUUUCCGGUGACAAGCGGACAGAUACAAUCCAGCCUGACCCCAGGCCCCAGGAUUCCUGUCAUUUUUGUGCUGGUGCCUUUCAGAGACCUACCUCCAAUCCAUGUGAAUCAAAGCCCAUCUAAACCCAGGAAUGUCGUAAGGCACUUAAAUAUACCUCAAAUGUCAUUCCAAGAAACCAAGGACCUCGGGAGACCUCGCACUUGAAAGCCAGCGGAGAUAGUGGAAAUCACAGAACGAUCUGCAAGUAGAGAGGCAGAUGAAAAGAAGAAGAGGAGAGGGAGAAAAUAAAAUCUACAUCUCUACAGCCUGGGACCAAACAAUUAUCAGAGAACUUACUUACAUAGCCAACAAAAAUCGAGAAACUUUCUCCCUUAGGCCUGAUCCAAGAUGGAGACAGAUCAAUGCACUAAACGCAAAGCCUCAAUUAGUUCCUAUAUCAGCUAUCGUAACGUGAUGCUAUUUUUAACAUGAUCUAAAAUGUUUCCAUAAGCAACUUGAUAUCUCGCCUUCCCUUUUCAAAGUGACAGUAUCAAAAUGGAGCCAUUAGUACCUUGCUAAUAUAUAUAUUUUUUAUAUUGUGAUGCAGAAAAGUAAUGUCAUCAUUCUAGUCUACCCACAUCAUCUUUCCACUAAAAAAGCCCAGGGACUAAAGAGCUUCCUAAAGUGGUUUCAGUAUAAAAAUUUACUGUAAAGUUGGAAAACUGCCUGAAGUUACUGACAUUAAGUGUUGUUUCCAAGAGCAAACCAGUGAUUUUCUAUUCACUGUUAAUCCUGGACAAAAGAUUUUAGGCAGCCCAUUUUUUCUAAAGUGAUUCAAAAUAGUUUUGUGUGGGGAAAGGUUCUUCGGCUAAUUGAUAUUAUAGAGCUACAAAAUUGGUUCUGAAACCUAGCCACCCACUCAGUUUGAUCUUUUCCAGGUCAGGCCUCUUCCUCCUGAGCAGAUUAUAGAAACAGAAUGAUACAGGAGACACUCAAGGGCUCCGUCCAUUUUAUACCUAUAAGAUCCAAGCCACUCUUACUAGUUUUCAAGGCUCCUCCUUGACCUUCUUGUUGCCUUGUCUCAUCACUGAGACUGGAAGCUCCUAUAGGGCAAGCUCUGUCUCUCUCCCCUCUCUGGUUUUCUCCUUAGGAAAUUGAGGAAAAGUAGUCAAGUGCCUGCUUAACCAUCCUGCCGUGGGCAUCUAUUACUUUUCCUAGCAGCCAUUACACCUUCUUCUGCUCCCCAGUGCGUGAUUUAUAAGUAGUACUUCCCUUUUUCCUGAUCCCUUCCUCUUCACCAGUGCAUAGCUGCACCUUCUCUUCAAAUCUUGUUCAAAGCAAAAUUCUCCCAGGAAAUCGUCCCAACUAACCCUCUGAGCACUUACAUGAAUGUACUUUGCUUAUGCUGUAUUAAUUCAUAUCUGCUGUCUCACUUCCCUCUUUGAAAUAUGUAAAGAUGCACUGUAAGAAAAUGGACAUUUAUAACUUGCUAUUAAAAAUUUUUUUAAUAUAUAUAAAAAAAAGUAAUGCUAAGCUAAUAAGACAGUUUUGCCAUUAGAAGAAAAAACUUAGAAUACAUAAUACUCCAUCCCCCCACCAAAAAAAAAAAGGAAAAAGAAAAAAUUGUUCUAGGAAUAUAAGCUGCUGCCGUGAUUAAAAUAAGCAUGAAUAAAAAUAUUAAAAUAAAUUUCUAUUGUCAGUCUACAAAUUUAUAGAAUUAAUCAAAUAUGAGCAUAUUGUGGGUAUACGGUGAUGAUUACUGAAAGAGGUGCUGUAGUUUAUUAUUAGAUCAUGAAGCUGUGUAUCUAAAAUUAGAAUAUAAAGUCAAAAAAAAAAAAAAGGUCACAACAU